GGUGUCUGUGGGUCUGAGCCAGUCUGGCCGCUCGGCGCACUCAGACAAAGCUCAGCUAACAGGCUAACUGCUUAUUAGCUAACCAAACACUGAGCGGUAACCUCUCUAAAUACCUGAUUUCAAAAAUAGUUGACUCGCUGGUCGUGCUAUUCAUAAGGAACAAAUAUCGAAACAUCUCCAGCUCGGAUGCCUAUGUAGACGCUACAAGUAUCAAUCACAAAUUACUUUUUUGGUCAUGCGAUGGGAGUUUUUCUUAUUGGGGAACACGUCAAGCUGAUACAUCGACCCCACCGUCACCUGAUCUGAAAACGUACUGAUCGUUCUGUGUGGUUACACGUGCAGACACACCAGCAGACCACACGGGGAGUUGGUUGCCCCCCCCCCACUUUCCAGCCAGACACUGCUGCGUCACACUGAAUUGCUUCGUCUUUGUCGUCCACCAUGUCGGACGCCCAUGAGGCUGCACCUCCCAGUCCCCCUCCCCUUGCCAACCCACCUCCCCCUGAAGUCACCAAUUCCACCAAACCUGGCAGAAAAACCAAUCAGCUGCAGUACAUGCAGAAUGUGGUGGUGAAAACCCUGUGGAAACAUCAGUUCGCCUGGCCAUUCUAUCAACCCGUGGACGCCAUCAAGCUCUGCCUGUCGGACUACCACAAGGUGAUCAAGAAUCCAAUGGACAUGGGAACCAUCAAGAAGCGUCUGGAGAACAACUAUUACUGGAGCGCCAGUGAAGCCAUGCAGGACUUCAACACUAUGUUCACCAACUGUUAUAUCUACAACAAGCCGACAGAUGACAUCGUCCUCAUGGCCCAGGCUUUAGAGAAAAUCUUCUUGCAGAAAGUUGCCCAAAUGCCCCAAGAAGAAGUAGCUCUGUUGCCUCCAGCUCCCAAAGGGAAGAACAAGAGCAAGCAACCUGCUGCUGCUACCACAGUGAGUCAGCAAGCAGAGUCUUCAGCUUCCUCUCCACCCUCGUACCCUUCUCCCUCCCCUUCUCAGACACCAGUAAUCUCCACCACACCCAACCCGGUUCAGGCCACGCCCCCUGUGUCUGCCCCACAGCCCCCAGCAACCAUGAUGCCAUCAGCACAGCCUGUCAUCAAGAAGAAAGGUGUGAAAAGAAAAGCCGACACCACCACACCCACUACGUCGGCCAUCUCUGCUAGUCGUGCUGACUCUCCGUCUGCUCAGGACAACAAAGCAGCCAAACUGGGUUCUUCACGCCGCGAGGCCGCUGCUCGUCCAGCUAAGUCUCGCAGAGAGACGGGGGAGGAUGUAGCUGGUGCUGAAGUGGGAGGUGGAGGAGCUAUAGCAGGAGGCAGGAAGGGUGGUAAGCUGGGUGAGCAGAUGAAGCACUGUGACGCUAUCCUGAAGGAGAUGCUCUCCAAGAAACACGCCGCCUAUGCUUGGCCCUUCUACAAGCCAGUGGAUGCAGAGGCGCUGCAGCUGCAUGACUACCAUGACAUCAUCAAACACCCAAUGGACCUCAGCACUGUCCGGAAAAAGAUGGAUAAAGGAGAGUACAGUGAUCCCCAGAGCUUUGCCACUGAUGUCAGGUUAAUGUUCUCCAACUGUUACAAGUACAACCCUCCGGACCAUGAGGUGGUGGCCAUGGCCCGAAAGCUGCAGGACGUGUUUGAGAUGCGUUUUGCAAAGAUCCCAGACGAGGGCGUGGAGGCAUCUGUCCCAUCCACUACGCCACUGGUCAGUAAAAGCACUGCCUCCUCUGAAAGCAGCAACAACUCCUCCUCUGACGAAUCAUCUGACUCUGAGGAGGAGCGGGCCACACGGUUGGCUGAGCUACAGGAGCAGGUUGGUGCUGGCGACCAAUCACAGUUGAAGGCGGUGCACGAGCAGUUGGCUGUCCUGUCCCAGGCUCCGGUCAGCAAGCCAAAGAAAAAGAAAGAGAAGAAAGACAAGGAAAAGAAGAAAGACAAGGAGAAAGACAAGGGGAACAAGAGCAAGUUAGAGGAAGAGAAAAAGCCAAAGCCUGCUGCCCAGCAGGCCAAGCCCGCCAGUCAGAAGAAGGCGCCGGCCAGGAAAGCUAACAGCACUGUCACCGCUACCAGGCAACUGAAGAAAGGCAGCAAGAUGUCAGGCGGUGGUGCGGCCAAUGGAGACGACGGCGAGGAGUCAUCACUCCCCAUGUCGUACGAAGAGAAGCGUCAGCUGAGCCUGGACAUAAACCGGUUACCAGGGGAGAAGCUCGGCCGUGUUGUCCACAUCAUCCAGUCCAGAGAGCCGUCGCUGAGAGACUCUAACCCGGAUGAGAUCGAGAUAGACUUCGAAACGCUCAAACCCUCCACACUCCGAGAACUGGAGCGCUACGUGAAAUCUUGCCUGCAGAAGAAGCAGAGGAAGCUGCUGCAGAAGGCAGCAGGAGGCGGGGCAUCAGGAGGCGGGGCUAGUCGCUUGAGUGGCAGCUCUUCUUCCUCCUCUGAUGACAGCUCCUCAACAGGAACCUCCUCUUCCUCUGACACAGACUGAACACCUACUUAAAAACAGCAACAUACAUGUUACUGAACACGAAUGCACGCAAAGGUUUAUCCAUUCUACACACAAAGGAUUAAAUUCCAGGAGACAGAUGUUCACUCUGAACUGUGACAACACAGAAUAUAAACCACACACACAGACUCAGAGACUUUAUGUAAAUAGGCUGACCUGUUUUUUAGCCCCUAGUCUUGUUUUUAUUUUUUUAUUUUAUUUUUUCUGGAGGAAUGGGGACGAACCGAAAAGAAGAAAGCUGCGACUUCCUGGCAACAGGCAACGAAUUCGAGGGACAAGCUGCUCAUCCGUCUAUCUAGGAGUUGUAAUGAUCUCUAAGUUGAGCCUCGCCACUGUGGAGAGGAACAAAAUCAUUCAGGCUUUCUUUGACUGGCUGUGACCCCUGAAACAUUCCAGAAGCAUCUCUGAUAGAAGAGGAGAAGAGGAGACCUCGUGGGUUCUAACCUCAUGAAAUUAGAAAUGUUUAUCUUCAGCGUGGUUCGUCGCCCAUCCAGACACCACCUGUCGUCCCAGAGGAGCUUGACGCCUUCUCAGAGUCCAGUUGCACUCAGACGUGCCGUCGGUUAGAAGCAGCUAGACCUUAGCCUCGCUUGGAUGGUCAGACUUAAUCAAGAUCCAGGUAGUGAAAACACGGUGGACCCUAAAGGUUUUACUCAACUGGCAACUUGACCCACAUGAGGUCCAGUUUUUAUUGAGUGGCACUUUUAAACCAUUAGCCGGACUGAGAAUCAAGCAGAACCACCUCUGUCCCACGUCUUCGGGUUUUAGGGCAGUGUUCGAGUGUGUGUGAGCAGAGAUGAGAUCGCUUGGUCGACACUGACACUGGGUCAGAACUCCAGUAUGUUUCUGGAUCCAUGCAUCUGUCCAGAGUCUCAGCUGUCACCCUGUCUUCAAUAUUUAAUUUCCCUGCUGAUGCUCCAAAACAAAAACCUUCUGACCCAGACGCACAACAUGGUGUCUGCUAUUGGGUGUAGGCACCAGGCGCCGGUCUAAUCCGGCGGCAGACAGCCACGCAAGUUUUAUUUUUGUAACACUACAUUUCCUUUUAUUUUGUUUUUGAUUUUUCAGGUUGUUGCUGAACUUGUUUGUGUCUUAUAAGGUUCUCUAUAUAAAAGUGUCUUUGUACCGCUGUCUGCCCCCUACCCCGCCAAAAUAAAACCACUCCUACUGUAAGAGACUGUCCCAAAGGAAGCGUCGGAUCAGACGUCAGUUUUACUAAGCAUCAUUUCAAAGUUUGUCAGUGGGGAAAAACAAGUGUUCGUGUGUAGCAACACCCUUCAAACUCACAUGUCACUUAAACUGAUUUUAAUGUGUUAAGUCUUUAAAAUGUCCAAAAUGAAAAUAGGUGCUCAGCAUGCGGAGGCCGGCAUUUUUCUACCUUUCGAACUUAGUCCUUGAUCAGUUUGUUGCUUUUGCGUUUGACCAUCGUCUAGCUUUAGUUUCGACAGGGUUGGAUCACCUGCAGACCCAUCAUCUACACACACACAACCUUUUUGUUUCCACCACAAAGCUGUGAUUUCACAUUAAGACAAACUCACCUGAUCCUGAUGGUGCCAAGCCGCUGCCGACAUUGUCAGUGUGGUGGGUUCAGGUAGAGCUGAGACCCCGUCAGAGCAUCAGACACAUGGGCUGUGCCCUCAGGUACGUCACAUUUCCUUUGCACUGAGGACGAAGGCACCGUGUUUGCAGAUGAUGGAUCACAUGGACAAAUGUUUAUUUUUGCAUCCUGAAAAUGUUCACUCGCUGUUAAUGAGCUUCGUUGUCACUAAUCACAUGACAACAGGCCUUUAUUUUGGACAUUUUACAGACUAGUCAAUCAGUGAUUGGCCUGAAGUGAUGAAGCUUAAACCCCAGGUUUCCUCCCAGUGUGAAUGAUGGCUGACAGGUCGACAGCUCGCUGCCCGUCUCUCCUCUUUGUUUUUAGUUGAUGGUCGAGCUUUGAUGCUAAUAGUUAAUUUUUGUAUUUUAAUAAGAAAAAAAAAAGUGAUUUUAUGUAUUUGCAUGCACUCUGGCCGUACGUUCUUUCUUCCGUAUGUUUGAGCACUGUAUAGUAGCUGUAUAGUAGCUGGUCUGGGGUUUAGGACGAACUCCGCUCAAUAGAGUAGAGACAGAGAGACAACAAACCCACGGAACAUCAACAAGUGAACUAUUUGAUGUAAUUACUGAUAUGGGAUCCUUAUUUUCUGAGUUUCUUUUGUUUUCAUAAAUAAACUCCUAAACAGACA